AUCCCUCACCGGAACGAGCAGUACCUCAAAACCCUAAACCCUAGCCACAUUAACCAGACUCAGUUCCGAAGAAGUCAGAAGACCAUGGAAAGUCAGUCGCGCUUGACGCCUACGAUCGCGACCUAACGAACGCGACGAAGCUCCGACAUCGCGACGUCGUAGACAUGGGAGGGACGACAGACACGGACGUGCGAUUUCUGCAUCGGUGGCCUGAGUUCGAGCGAGCUGAAGGUCGAUGGGCAAUUUGGCACGAGCAAUGUGCAGAUUGUGAUCUUUUCUCAGUGCAGCAGAGUUCAGGAUUUUGUCGAGUGGAAGAGAAUGCUGUAUAUUGUGGGUUUAGGCUUAGGCGACGAGCGGGACAUCACCUUGAGGGGCUUGGACGCUGUUCAGAAAUGCGAGAAAGUUUAUCUGGAGGCUUACACGUCUCUUCUAGCUUUGGGAUUAGAUGCUUCCGCCACCACGACUCUUGAGAAACUCUAUGGACGCCCGGUCAUCGUAGCUGAUCGAGAAAUGGUGGAGCAGAUGGCAGAGCGCAUUUUGGACGAAGCGCAAACUAGUGACGUUGCCUUUCUUGUUGUCGGAGAUCCCUUCGGGGCGACAACUCAUUCAGAUCUAGUGGUCCGAGCUAAAUCCAUGGGGGUGAAGGUCGAAGUAAUCCAUAAUGCUUCAGUGAUGAAUGCAGUUGGUGCUUGUGGCCUGCAACUCUACCGGUUUGGUGAGGCAAUUUCGAUUCCCUUUUUCACAGAGACGUGGAGGCCUGACAGUUUCUACGAUAAAAUCAAGGCGAACCGGUCCAUCGGUUUGCACACCUUGUGCCUUCUUGACAUACGAGUGAAGGAGCCCUCUGUCGAAGCUUUGUGUAGGGGUAGGAAAGAAUAUGAACCUCCUCGCUACAUGUCAGUGAAUACAGCUGUGGAACAAUUACUUGAAAUCGAAGAGAACCGGCAAGAAAAUGUGUACACUGAGGAAACGAUGACCGUAGGUCUAGCAAGGCUCGGGCAACCAACCCAGCUUAUUGUGGCUGGCCCCUUGAAGCAAUUGCUGAGUGUCGAUUUUGGGGCUCCCCUGCACUCACUGAUCAUCACCGGCAACACUCACGUCAUGGAAGAAGAGAUGCUGAACUUCUUCAAACAGCAGUAGACAGCUUUUGCAGAUUUCACAGAUGAGAAUUUGCUCAUGCAACGCAUGUCCUGCACUGUGUGCAUGAAACUGCUACCCUGUGGUAUCCAACUGUAAGACGGGAUGCUCUUCUACCCGUCGGUUCGUGGACUGGAAGCCAACGAGGAAGCUGGAACAAUUUUGCUUAGAUGUGUAAAAACAGGAUCGAUGUAUUCCGUAGGAGUCGUAGCCCAUUUUCUCUGAGUGAGCACACGGUCCCUCUUAGUUUCACGAGGAAGAUGUUUGUUACAUAGUGUAUUCCACUUAGGCCACGCCAGAGUGUUUCAAGGAAUGUUUAUCGUUUGAGCCUCGUCAAAGACGGUUCGAAUGGGACAGAUUGUCCCCACGUAGGGCAGGAAAAUGGCAGUCUUCUCAACCCUUUUUCUUCCUUUGUGUGAGCCCGGUACUGGAAUUUCAAUCUUUUUUCCUCUCAUAUUGUUGAGAGUGUAUGAAAAGUUUUAGUGGCCG